AUGGCCGACCCAACAGACCCAAACCACCUGGGGACCUUCAUUCGCAUGAAAGCACUCCCACCCGCGCAACUUCCACACCAUCCAGACCUGGCAUCCCUACAAUCCGGCGGAUCGCCCCACGAGCUGGGAGACUUCGUACAUGCGAUCCUAGAAGAAGGACAACAAUUCAUGACAGGCUACCUACCGAAGCAUUUCAAAGUCAAAGACACACACAAACAUUCCCCACCCUCCAAAGCCACCGUCGAGCUUCUACAUCACCAGAUCAGCGCCCAUGAUCUGCCGCAAGAAGGCCGUACGCAAGGUCGAUCAGAGUCCUGGUAUGCUCGGUCGAGCAUUCACGAGAACGCGGCAAAGCAUGGCACAGCAAGCUGGGAAGAGUUCGAUGCAGGGCUCAGAAAAGAUCACAGUCAACAUGAGAAGGACUACACACCCGACGUAGAAGACGCGCACAAGGUUCUUGAUUGGCGCGAUGAGCUUCAACGUUUUGGACAUGCUGUGGGACAAUGGACGGAUGUGGAGAUGUAUCUCAUGGAGAUGGUGCACAACCUUCCAUUCCCAUUACAAACACGAGUGUUCACUGUCCUGGUACUGGCUGGCAAGAAGGGGCAUACAGAGUUCGUCGAUGUCCAGAUACCGGUGGACAUGUCAAAGGUUCCGAACGCAAAGUACGCCAAAGACUCGAAGUACACCCCGGGCAUAUACUGCAGUAUCGAACGAGGCGAACUUCUGGAAGACGGCGCAAAGGUCAAGUGGCAGAUGGGCACUGCGAGCGAUGCUGGAGGAAACCUUCCCAUGUGGGUCCAGAAGCUCGGAAUUGGCGGAGCAGUCGUCAAAGACGUCGGCUUGUUCAUGGAAUGGCGUGACAAGGAACGGAAGGGAAAGGCUUGA